GCCAGUGCUGAGCGCGCGGCGGCGCGAUGCGGUGGUGCUGCGUGGUGUCAGUGCUGGUGGUGGUGACGGCCCUGGGCCCCGCAGCGGCCCAGGCGCCCGUCGAUCUCGAGCGGAAUAUCUAUGACAGUGUGGACGGUAACCUAAUACCGACCGGAGGAGCCGGGCGGUAUGACAUCGACUUCAGGACGCACAGGAACCCUCGGUACAUGGUGCUGGCGUCUCGUCUGGUGCGUCCCGGUACCAUUUACCGGGUACUGGCCGUACUUCUAGACGCCGGCGGGAAGGUACACUCAGAUAACCUGCGGUACCCGCUCGAUGUGCGCGCAUCAGUCUCUCGGGACGGCGUCGAACUGGCCUCCAGUAUGAAGACCAUGGGACGCGGAGACAUCCAGAUGAUGAUGAUGAGGAUUCCGAGCACCUCCACGCCGGGUAACUACCAGCUGCGCCUGGAGGGGGACCACAAGGGAGACGUCGGCGGCAGCGUCUUCGUCAACGAGACCAGGCUCGAGUUCGCACAGCGCUUCCUCACCGUACUGAUCCAGACCAACCGGCCGCUCUACAACUUCGGACAGACCGUAUCAUUCCGAGUGGUGAUGCUGCGGACAGAUCUGAAGCCUUUUGACGAUCCCAUCGACGUCUAUGUUUUGGACAGUGACGGUUACAUUAUGCGACGCUGGCCUUCGGAGUCGUCCAAUAACGGUGUUGUAUCGCUCAGUUUCAACCUGCCGUUCAUCGGCAAGGGAGGCUGGUGGCGAAUCAGGGUCAACGUCCGAGGUCAAAUCGAGGAGAAACUCAUCAAGAUGACCAAGUACUUCGUGCCCCAGUGGGAGGCGUUCGCGUGGAUGCCCACCUACUUCUUGCUCUCUGAGGAAUCCAUCACGGGAGAGGUUUCAGCCGCCUGGACGUGCGAUAAGCUCAUUUACGGCAACGUGACGGUGGAGCUGUGGGCCCGGCCCGGACCCAGCUUCGCCAACAAGGAGGGCAACUACAAGUUCAUCACCGCCUACAAAAUCGAAGGCUUUGCCGGUGAAGAUGAGUUUGAGUUUCCGAUGGACGUGCUCCAGGGAGAGCUGCCCACGCUCAACAACGCCGAGGUCAAGGUCGUUGCCAAGGUGACGGACUACUGGCUGAACGAGACCUAUAUUGGUUGGUGCAACUCCAAACUCAUCAACGCCACGGUAGCCAUCAAGUUUUUGGGCUCGUCACCGCAGCUCUACAAGCCGGGAAUGCCUUUCAUUGGUCAGGUGGCAGUGACCUACCACGACCACAUGCCUCUCUCCUCCGAAGAGCUCGAGUCGGCCACUCUGACCAUCCGCUCUACCGGAGAUAGCUCCGGAGAGAUCCGGAUUCCGAGCGUAGAGGAGUGGCAACAGCGAUUCAACUGGCGCAACUCAUCCUACUGGCGAGACUCGACCGGCUCAUACCGCAACAUAGACCCCAGUAUGCAGUCUACGAUACCGGGGACACGACAACGCAACCCAGACUUUGUUGCGAGCGAGGACGGGGAUCUACCGCUACUCAGCGAGGAGCGGUACAUUGCGGAGAUGAUGGAGAGCUACCUUCAGGAGCAGGAGUGGGCAGAGUUCCGCCGCUCAGGAGUGUACCGGUUCCAGAUUGACACCCCGCCGCGCGGAGGUUCCAUCGACCUCACGGCGACGAUCCAGCUGCCUGAGGCGGGGACCACCACGACGACACUGCGGCUGGAGCCGUACCACAGCCGCGCCAGGACCUUCAUCUCUAUCCAGACGUCCAACCAGCGCACCGACAUCGGCGAGUACGCCGUCUUCCACGUGCGCUCCAACUUCCCCAUGAGCUACUUCUACCUCAUCGUGCUGAGUAAGAACCUGGUGAUCCACGGGGACCGUGUGCCGGUGGAGGACACCACCGGGCCGGCCAUGAAGACCAUCUCGCUGCCCGUCUCGGCAGAGAUGGCACCCAGUUUCCGUAUCCUGGUGUACCACGUGACGGAUGAUGGGGAGGUGGUGACCGACUCCAUACAGGUGCCCGUGGAGGGCAUCAACAGAGGACAGACCAAGGUGAUUCUGAACCAGCACAAGGACCACUCCAAGAACACGCUGGAGCUGGGUAUGUGGAGCACACCUGGCGCCACCUUCUGUACGAACGUGAUGCGAGGCUAUCUGUACAGCGUGCAGGCGCAGCACGAGCUGACACGUACCUCGGUGCUGUCAGCGCUCCACUCCUUCGAGAACACCACCAGAGACGUACACCGGACCAUCUGGCGUUGGCGGGACGGGAGUCAGCCGGACAAAUCCGAGUACUAUAUCACGCAGAACUACGGCAGCGACUCCAACACGACGUUCGACCUGGCCGGACUGGUGGUGUUCACCGACGCCAUUGUCGAGUCCGUGCCCGGUUCUGAAUGUGUGGACGGCGAGCUUCGUUGUGUUACACGCGGCUGCUAUAACGCCACUCGAAAGUGUGACGGCAUUGACGACUGUGCCGAUCGGUCCGACGAAAUGGGAUGCCCCCGAGGUAUCGAUGAAGACGAAUUGGAGCGGCGAUUCCGAAUGACACGACGCUCUGUGUACAACGAGUACUUUGACCCGGAGGACGGCGACUGGGCCUGGGUCGAACAGAACAUCGGGUACCUUGGAGGCGAGCAGCUCGUUCUGGAAGUUCCCGAAACCAACGACGACUGGUACAUCAACGGCUUCAGCAUCAGUCAGAAGGACGGAUUCGGCCUCAUCGACUCGCCCAUACACUACGAGAGUAACCGACCGUUCUACAUGACCAUGGAGAUAGCGGAGGGAAUCCGUCGUGGAGAGACCAUCGCUGCAUCCCUCAUGUUGGCCAACAACCAGGAGAUUGAGAUCCUGGCGCUGGUUGUUCUGGUUGACAGCGAGGACUACCAAUUCGUGCACGUGGAGAAGGACGGUGUCAUCUCUCACAGAAACGUGCGGACGUCGGGUGGAGAUCACCAGCAUCUGGUGCCGAUCGAGGCGGGCGGUGUGAUCGAGGUGAUGAUCCCGAUCAAACCUCUGGUGGAGGCCGGAGAGUUUGACGUCACCGUGAAGUGUAUCACCCAGUUCGGGCUGGACGUGGAGGAGGCCACUGUCGAGGUCUCGCCGGAGGGAGUCGGUAUCGGAAAGCACACGUCCUUCCUGUUGGACCUGAAGAACCGCGCCGUGGACCACAAGUUCCUCAACAUACUGACGGACCAGUCUCCGGAGGUGCCGUAUGCCACUUGGCGACGCUUCGUCUACGGUAGUCCGCAGGCGACGGUCACCGUGUCGGGUGACGUAUUCGGUCCCGUGUUCCCUGAGGUGCCAAUGACCACAGUCAACGUGUUCGGCCGCUGGCUCAAAUCUCUCGACGGCACCGUCUACAACUUGGCCGCCAACAUCUGGUCUCUGCACUAUCUGCGUCUGACCAAUCAGCUGUCUCGUCCCUUCCUGCGCCGUGUGCUGGAGGCGGUCAAUGUGCACUUCCUGCUGAUUAUGAAGCGCUGGAGAGGAGGUCCGUUCCUGUUCUUUGAUGGAGGUCGGCCUAGUGUGUGGGGCACGGCAUGGGCGGCACGGCAGCUGCAGUACUCCCAGUUCCAGGACUGGGAGAACUACCUGUACGUCGAGCCGCGUAUCCUCUCUGAAGCCGCCGAGUGGAUGUGUCUCUACCAGAACUUAGACGGCUCGUUCAACGAGACCGAGUGGUACGAACAGCCCCUGGACCAGAAGAUGGACCCGCGCUCCAAAAUCGACGGCGAGGAGGGCCGCCAGCGGCGCAUUCCCCUGACGGCGCACGUGCUCAUCACUCUUCAUGAGGUGCAAGAUAAGCUGCAGGGGGACGGCAAGGCGGCCGUCGCCACCGCCAAAAUGCGUGCCAUGCAAUAUCUCGAACGCAGUCUCAAUAUCAUCACGGAUCCAUACGAGAUAGCCAUCACAGCAUACGCUCUAACAAUCAGUAACAGUGUGAACCGUGAUUUCGCCUUCACUAAACUCCACAAUGCGCGUAGUGAGAUAGAAGGCAUGUACUACUGGGCACGAGGGUUGGUUGAGACGAAUCCCAUCACCAAAGAUGUGAACCAGCGGCCCUAUCUGGAACCCAAGAACGAACAGGAAUGGGAUUGCCAGUCGGUGGAGGCCACGUCGUACGCUCUGCUCGUGUAUCUGCACCGCGACGGUAUCGGCAUUGAUCAGGAGAAGAUGGUCCAGUGGCUCAACUCGAUGAGGAUGUUCGACGCCGCCUGGCUUUCGACAGUGGACUCCAUCGUGGCAAUGCAGGCUCUGUGUGAGUACUCGUACCGCGCCCGACUGCGAGACAUCACAGACAUGCGCGUCACCAUCGAGACAUCCGGGCUGCGCGACUUCCAGGAGGUGGUUCACAUCACCAACAACGCCACCUCCGUCAUCCCUGCUGUCGAUCUGCCGAACGUUUGGGGUCACGUGAACGUGGUCGGCACGGGCGCCGGUCAGGCGGUGGUCCAGCUAGACCUCUCCUUCGGUAUCGAUCGAGAGGACCUCAAGGAUACGCCGCCCGUCAAGGCCUUUGACCUGUUGGUAAAGGAGAACGCCAUCCAGGCGGCCAGGAACAAGUCCAUCAUCCACGUGGAGGCGUGCUUCAAGUGGGUGAACACGGACGAGUCUCCGACCAGCGGUGCCGCUAUUUUGGAGGUGGAAUUCCCCAGCGGCUACAGAAUCGAUCAGCAGGUGGCCAACGCUGACGUCCGUAACGCUAAGCGCAACAGUUUCAAUACACUGAUGAACGGCAAAACCGCCCCCGACAAGAUCUUCUGGUUCUUCGACAAGGUGUACAGCAACUUCACACAGUGCUACAGCUGGACCAUCUACCGCCGCUUCCUGGUGGCCAACUACACCGCCGUCCGCACCGCCUUCAUGUACGAGUACUUCGCCCCAGAGCGCUUCGAGAUGUUCAUUCUCAACUCCACCGAGCUGAACGUGAUCGAUAUUUGCCAGGUGUGCGGCUCCUACCAGUGUCCCUACUGUCCCUGGUAUAGUGCCGGUGCGGUGCACGGGCCCGGGUUACUGGUGGGUAUCGCACUAAUGGUGGCUGUUUUGGUCCAAGUGGCGGGGGUGUCGUUGAUCGGUGGGGAUGAGGAAGGGGGCGAGGAGAGGCAUUCGAGGGGACGGCGGACGACCGGUGGGGGUGGGGAGAGGAGCGGGAGGGGUGAACUUGGGGCAGAGGGGAGGGGAGGGCAGUGCAGCAGUGUAGAGUGAUCUUGGUGGGUGACUGUGAUGUGUGGAUGCGUUUGUAGAUGGUUGUAAGCGUGUGUUUGUAAAUGUUUGUAUGUGUUUGUAGAUGUUUGUUAGUGAAUUUAGACUGGUGCUGAGAUUGUGCCGACGGUGCCUUCGAUUUUUACUGCGAAUGCGUCACAAAAAGAUGAAUGUUAUGCAAGGAUGUACGUUCAAUCGGUGUUUUUACAUAUAUAUAGCUGUGUAUUUUACAUGUCGCUAGUGCCUUAAAAUGGUUGAUUUCAGUGCUUCAAGAUUGCAAUCUCACUGGACCGGUAUAUGUGCAAGCAAUGCGAAGCAUUUCAUGUAAAAUGUUGUUAGUAAAAGUAGAAGUGAAGCAAACCUCCUUUUUCUCACUCAUUUUAUGGCGUUGAGCCACCCAGCGAAGUUGCGUAUUGCACUUCUUGGGUUUGCAGCAAUACCGUUAUAAAACUCCACGGUUGUCUCCGUUUUUCUUCCGAUGUACUUAGAUUUCAAUUUUCAUUACAUUCUGUUUGGAUUUUAUCGACACAUUUCUCCUUUGACUUUUAUUUCGGUAGAAUUUUAAUGUAUUGUGUUUCACAUUCCAUACACGACACAGGUCACAUGCCAUUUGAAGAUUGUCUUGACUGAAUCGUUUACUAGGCUGGUGAUGUUUAUCGUUUGAUGCCUGAAGCGGUAGGAUGUUUUGGGAGUUGCUUCCCUCGUAUCUCAAACCGUCCAUUGCGAAGAGUAACGCAUUUUGCACAUUAUGUCAAAUAAUAAGCCGGGGUGAUACCAUUUGUUGUGAAUAUCUCGCCAUAAAAAUAAAUUGUCCAAUGGAAUGA